CGGACUUGCCAGCGCACGGAUCUCUCCAUAGCUGUCGGAUCGGGGUCGCCGUCGGACGGACUAGCAGCAUCAGAGGAGAGCAUUAGCAACAUACCAUCGCAGUGUGUUGGAGGGAGUAGGAGUACACAGCUUGGCUUGGUGAUAUUCGGUGCGAGUGUGUCGGUGCUGCAAGUGUGUCGCCUGUGUCUACUCCAUCUCUAGUGGUGUAGUAGGAGCGUAACGUAGAGCAGAUAAUAAAUUCAGUCAGCCCAGCAGCACCAACGCUGGUGUCCUCCUCCGUGUCGUUGAAUAGCGCAUCGUCAGCAACGGGAGCCAUUCGCGUGGAACUUGUUGGGUUUAGUGUGUAGUCGGUCGUUAUAGUGCUGUUCCGAGGAGAAAUCGACGACGCCGAGCUGACCUUAUGUAAUUCGUGCGGGUCCCGUGCCGUGUCGGUGAAAAUCUUUCCGUGAUUACGGGAAAUCAACCUUUCGUCGUUGCCGUCGCCGUGAGUGAGUGGGUGGGUGUGUGAACCCCUCGGAAGAAAGAAAAAAAAAGCUCUCCCGGAGUGCGUGUGGCUCUAAAUACCCACCUCCGACCGAGCAGCAUUAGGCGUGGUAGUGUUUUUCCCCUGUGAAGUGUGCGGAGCGAGGUGUGGUGGAUUGUCGUCGGGCGAGUAAAAAAAAUAAAGUAAUGGAGUGAGAGGAGCAAAGCGCCGCCAUCGGUGAUAAGAUUAGAAAAUUCAAUAGUGAGAUUUUCCAUAUUGAGGCCUGUGUGCAAAUUCCAAAUUGCGCUUGGGAAGUUCAGCUAGUUAUUCAGCCGAAGUGAGUCGGGAAAAAAGAAGAACAAUGGAUAAAUCCGGAGGAGGUGAUUCGCGUGACGGAGGACCCUCGUCGACUCCGCAGGCAUCAUCAUCAUCAUCAACAGCAGCAGCAGCAACACAGCAAACUUCAACAAUUCCGGCCAUUGGGUGUGGUUCCAGUUCCAGCUCUGGACCGUCAUCUGCCACCGCCAUGACGCUGAACGUCACCACCACAACGGGCGGCAGCUUUUCCGUACUCGUCGACGGUGAAAAUUCCGUGGAAAACCUCAAGAAAAUCAUAUCGAAAAAGCUGAAAGUCUCCAAGGACCGUAUAUGUUUGCUGCACCGCGAGAGGGAACUGCACGAUGGUACUCUACGAGAGAAUGGACUUAUGGACGGCUCCAAGCUGAUCCUCACACCGAACGUUGAGACUGGGCUUCUGGCACAACGAGCGGAGAAUACAGUAAUGCAGGCGCUGGAGUCGCUGAAUGACAAUCAGGUGAACGACUUCCUCAGUGGCAAGUCUCCGCUGAAUCUGAGUGUCCGUCUGGGGGACCACAUGAUGCUGAUUCAGCUGCAGCUGAGCACCCUGAAUCCGUCGUCCCAGAGUGGAAGUAGAUCCAAGACACACAAGUCCCGUAGUCUGACGGGAGCAGCAGGUGGCAGCUCGACUGGAGCUAGCACUAGCCUAAUGCAAGCUUCGUCCUCUCGCAGUAGGACGACCAUCCCGAUAGGAUUGAGGCGCGUAGCGACAACUGACGGUGGAAGUGCGUCGGGUAGUAGAACCAUCGUUGAACACGUGACCGAGUCACAGACCUUCACCAAGCAGGAACUAGAGAAUAUCCAUAGUAUAGUGAAAAACCUUGCCGAAAGUGAGAACCCGACAAUGGCAAUUGUGCGUCCCAGCGCACCGGAACCAAUGGAGACUGAACCGGAAGCGAGGCCGUUGGCCUCGGAAUCCCCGAUCAAAUCCCUAUCCAAUCUAGUGUCUAGCUCAAUCAAUCCCAGCAACAUUCCUCCUCCGUGCAGCAGCAGCAACAACAACAUCCUGCCGACGGAUCUCCCCUCGACCCUAACGGAUCCCAUCAGCGCCAACCUCACCUCGUGUCUAUGCAAAAGACUGGACAGCAACGAUAACAAUUCCUGCGAUCCAAACUGCCUAUCGCGCGUUCCUGAGCCCCAGCCGUCUACAUCGACGGCCAGUUUACACCGCACGGCUCACAACCCCAUCGCACGUCAUAAAACGAAGGUCCAAACUCUUCGGAAGCACUACAGCUUCGAUAGUACCACCCUAGCGAAAACGGAUCUUGAAACCGUUCAACCCGUGGCUUCGUCGUCUGCCCCAAACUCCCCGCAACGCCCGGAUCAGACCCUAGUGCACCAUUCGCACCAACAUCAACAUUAUCACCCGCACCACCACCAACACCACAGUCAUCAAUCUCAACCCCAGCCCGGUCCAAGCAACGCACCUCGAGCCCUCAACGGUGACGCCUCGAGCAUAGAGAACCCCGCCCUGGCGGAAGCCUCCCGUAACCUUACGCAAACCCUGCGGAAACUGUCCAAGCGGGUGUUUACCAACAAGGUCAGCGAAGCCGCCGCGCAAGAACAAGCUCGCAACGUGAGCUCCGGGGCCGUCAUCGAAUCCAUGAAGCACCACGGAAAGGGAAUUUACUCGGGAACCUUCUCGGGCACGUUAAAUCCGGCCUUGCAGGACAAGUUCGGUCGCCCUAAGAGAGACAUCUCCACCAUCAUCCACAUCCUGAACGACCUGUUGAGCGCUGCGCCGCAGUGCGCUCGAACCGGGACCAAGAUCUAUUUCGAGCCCUCGCAAUCGGCAAGUUCCGCGACCGCAGUAGCCACGAACCAGGUGACAGCUGGAGCGAAUGCAUCCAAUGGAGGCGCUUCUAGCAACAGCAGUAGUAGUGCCAGCAGUGGAAGCAAUCUGCAAGCAGCUGCCCUGAUGGCGCCCACAACCCUAACAACUCCGGUGGCGGCGCUCAGUCCACGCUUGGUGUCACGAUGUGUACCGGCGUCGAUACAGACCAAAAAGUAUCCCAGCAACGGAACGACCAACACCAUCGCUAGCAUCGGCUCAACUAGCAGCAACAGCAGCUGCAGUGGCUGCAAACCCGCAGAACCGCCAACCCCCGGUAGUAGCAACAGUGGCGCCACGGCCUCCACCUUUGCCCGCUGCCAUCACCAUCCGAAAGCCGCCCUGAAAGUGCUGUGCAAAUGUGGCCACCCACUGACGCCCACCGCUUCUUCAUCGACAAGCGCCCAACCACAACAUUGCCAACGCUGUGCCGCCGCAAUUAGUGCAGCCGAGUUGGAAAACUCCAAAACCAAAUCCAAGCUAGACAAUCUCCGCCUGAUUAUGCAGCAGAAGAAGGAACGCCGCGAAGCACGUAAGCAAAAGUGUGCGCCGUACAGUACCACCGCCGUGGCCUCCCCACUAGCAUCAUCAUCGACCGUCGUCGGACUCCGUGGAACGACGGCGGUGAAGGCAGCGGAGGUGGCACUCACCACUUCCCGUCACCCCGCCACCAUCGCCACCUUAGCAACUCCGUCGGUGGCUGAUGGAGUGGUAGAGACAAUGGAAACAACUCCGGCCAUUAUGGCGAGCAACAGUGACGGAGCAGCAUCAGAAAGCAACAACAACAACAACAACAACAAUGGCAGCAUCAGCAGCAGUAGCAACGGAGCAAAUUCGGCCACUGCCACCGCUACGGCCACCACCACUACUACAGCGGCGGCUACGGCAGCGGCGACGGCGGCUGCAACGUCUUCGGAGGCGGCUCAAAGUCACCAGAUCGUGGAAGAGGUUGAUACUGUUGCAUAAGACUUUCCACAAAGCAUUGAUUCAACGGUCAUUUUGGAACCCGGAAAAUAGCGGUGCGUCGCGAAACAGCGGUAACUUAAGUUAAGCAUCAAACUGAAUGACAGAGACGUGCAACAGAAAACCGAAACAAAUGUAUUUGGCAGCGGAUGAAAUUUUUUUUGUACAAAAACGAAUAGUCAAGACUAAACAAAAUAUAUGAUGUAAACAAAGUACUAACAGCAUAAAUAAAUAUCUUAGCGGAAAAGGAUUAAACAAAUCUAUAGCAAACAACUUGAACAAUUUGGUAAACCAUAUGCGAUGAUAAUUAUAAUCAAGCAAUUAUAAAUACUUCAACUAUGAAAAGAAUCUAAACAGCAAAAAAAAAAUUGCGGAACGAAAGGUAGAAAACAAGAUGAUCUCCAAUUUAACAAAAAAAAAAACAUGUGAAAGAAGUAUAAAAUUUCUGAUACUAAUUGUAAAACAUGGACAAAAAAAAAACAAAUUAACGCAAACAAAUAUUUAGCCAAUUAUACCUAAUUGUAAUAAAAACAAAAAUAAAUACACACACACAAAACACAUCCACACAUACACUAAUGGCUUCUGGUUUCCAAAACUAUCUCCAUAAAAAUAGUAUAACUCAGUAGUGAACUGAACUUUAUAUAUUGAAUCAAGCUUCUUCUAAAAGAAAAUAAAGAACCCACUUUCUUACUAUUGAUAAAGUAUUUGUAGUGAAAAACAAAAUGCAAGCAUCCCCUCACCAGCCCAUCCCUCCCCCCCCCUCCCCACCCAAAUUCGUACUAUUAGCAGCUUAGUGUAACAAAUUUAAUCAAAUCUUUAAAUAUAUAAAAAAAAAACUGUUUUCGCUUCCUCCGGGCGCUUCGUUACUCUGACUCUGUUCCUUUAUUUUUCUUUCGAAGUUUCGUUUGACGUGUUUCCUCUUUCUUUCUUUUUUGUUUGGGUCGACUUUAAGUUUAAAUGGGAAAAAAAAUUGCUAUCUAAAACCGUUGAAUUGUGUUCAAAUGUCGCAAAACCAAAAGUCGGACGACUAACGUUUCGAGAAUCAACCUGAAAGGUAUCCUUGUUUGAAGAUUGAGUUUUACAAUCAUUUAGGUGAAAAUUUAGCAAUCGUAAGAAGAAGAAAAAAAAAAUAAAUGUAAUGCGACUGUAUGUGGUUAUUGUUUGUGUUAGGAACUUUUGUUUUGCCUUAUUACAAUUAUUAAGAGGAGUUUAGGAGAUAAGUAGGAUUAGCUUGCAGCGCCAACAGACACGGACACAGUGAUUGUGUUCUCACGGUAAGAUGCGGUUUAGUGAAAAACGAUAAAAUCAAAUUCAAAUGUGAAGAAAAUUUGCUAAAUGCGUAAAGAGAUAAGGGAGAUCUUUCAACAAGACAAAAGUGAACCAUAUUUAAGAAAUGGAAAAAAAAAAUGUAAGAAAAUAAAAAAAAACACUUGAUGAAAAGGAAUGAGAAUAGGCAAGCAAACAAAAAAAAAACAACAAGCAAGCAAAAUUUAAUUAUGUCAUAAAUAUUACACAACAGUAGCGUACUAUGUGAAGGUUAAGUGAAUAAUCCAAUAAACGGAAGGUAAAAAUUGUGUACUAAGCAGAGAGACUCUUGAACGGAAACAAUAAAGAAAAAUUGCAAUCUACAGCAGAAA